AUGAGUAAAGAUUUAAUAAAUGGAUCAAUUUUACAUUGUUUAGAAACGGCAACUAUAGGUAUGCCGUUAGAAACAUGGAAAACAAGGAUGUGUGUUUAUAGAAAUGAAAAUACGAUAAAAUCUUUUACAAAUAUUUAUAAUAAAGGAUUAGGCCAAUUUUAUGCUGGUUUUUAUGCAAAACUCGUAGAAAGUGCUAGUAAAGGUGCAGUUUUAUUAUUAUCAAAAGAAUAUUUAAUCAAUUUUUGCAAUAAUUUAAAUAUUAAUGAAACAACUAGUGGUUUUAUUGGAGGAGCUGGUGGUGGUAUUUGUCAAUCACUAGUUAUGUCACCUUGUACAUUUUUUAUAACAGCUAGUAUUGAUAAGAAAAUUAACUAUAAAGAAAAAAUUAUUUACAUUUUUAAAAAUACAGGAAUUAAAACUUUAUAUAAAGGUAAUAGUGCAAUGUGUUUAAGACAAGGAACUAACUGGGCAAGUAGACAAGGCAUUACUGAAUGGAUCAGAAAUAAGGUUAUUGAAAGAAAAAAAAAAAAAGAAAAAAUAUUAAACAAAAAUGACCAAAUAAAUAAUGCGGGAAGUGUUAACUCUUCUAAAAAUUUCAAUUUAAUAAAUGAAAAUAUUAGUAAAAAAAAAGAAAACACAUAUAAUUUAUCUUCUACCGAGGAAAUUAUUUGUGGUACUGUUGGUGGUGCACUGUCAGUGUGGAAUAAUCCAUUUGAUGUUGUUAGAGUAUAUAUGCAGAACAAAGCAAAUAAUAAUAUUAAGAUAACUUUUUUUCAAUCGUUUGUUAACUUAUAUAAAGAAGGGGGUAUACUUUACUUAUAUAAGGGUGUUAUACCUCGCUGUUUUCUAUGUAUUUGGCAGACAUUAUUUAUGGUUACUGGUGUCAAGCUUUUAAAUAAAUAUUUUUAA